GCCAGGCUCAUUCAGUAUAACGGUAUACGUCGACGAUUCAAGAACACAAAAGUCAAACGACGUCCAGCUUUCAAAGGCAGCAGCCUCACAAGUUUCACUCACUGUUUGGCUGCAAUCUGAAAGAAAAGUGCAACAUUUGACAUUUGUGGCAGCCGGUGCAGGUGUGGAAACCUGAAGAGUAUUCAAAUCAAAAGCGUUGAACGGCAAAAAUUGUCGUUGGCUAACGGAAAUUGCGAAAAAUAUUGCACGCCCACGCGAAUUUUGCGAGCCAAUUACAACCACCAGCUGCCCGCUUGCUGUGUGUGUGCGCGUGUGUGUGUGCGCGCAUUGGUGUUGGUGUUGGUGUGAAAAUCAAUAAACUCUGUAGUCUGUGAAAGGGCAACAGCAGCAUGUACGGUCCAUAUUAACCGGCCAUAUGGUAACCAAAUUCCUAGCCAGGUGCCAAGUGUUUAAUUGAAAGUUGCAUAUUGAAACAUAAAAAAAGAGACGGCAAUUAAAGCGAUAAACUUUUUUAUAAAAAUACAAUAAAUAAAAGAAAGUGCAAGCAAUUUUAAGCUGGAGAAAUAUGGGCAGGCGAAUGGAAAUAACCUGCGCACUGAUUGCACUACUCAUGUGCAGCAUAUUGGGUCACUGCGAAGUGUCCGUUUACCCAGGUCUGCGUCGUCGUCCCAUACAGCCGGCGCCCAUGGAGCCGCAGCAAUAUGAGCAGCUCAUGGAGGAUCAUGCUCGCCGUCGACUGCAGCAGCAGUUCGAGCAGCAGCUGGAGCUGAUCAAGCUGAAGCUGCAGAAGCAUCAGCGGCAGCUGCUGGAACUCGAACGCAUCCGCCAGCGGGAGCAGGAGGCCCAAUUAAUGGCCGAAACGGAGAACAAUUACGACAACAACAAUCUGAACAAUCAGCAGUACGAUCAAUACGAUAAUGUUGAGGGCGAUGCCGCCUAUGGCAGUCCCCUGGAUGCCGUGCCCGAUGUUGUGCGUCCGCCGCCGCCGCUGCCGAUGCAGCUGCCGCUGCCCAAUUUCAAUAGUCUGGAGGCGAACAGCGGCUACAGUCGGAAUAAUCCCGGCUACACACGCCAACGUAUACCCUUCGCCGUGGGCCCCAACGAUGAGCGCUUCUUUGACAACGCCAACGAUCCGUCGGGUGAGCUGGACUCAGGUGCUCUGGAAGAUUACGAGGAGUAUGCACCGGCACCGGCAUCGGAACCCGUCAACGAGCUGGUCACUUCCAAGCUUCCGAGCAAGCUGGUCACAGCUGUGCCGGCACCGAAGCCCGUGGAGCCGCCCAAGCUGCUCGAUACGGCCACCGCCAACUUCCAUCGCAUCAAGCCCCAAUCGGCGGCCGCUGCAGCUGUGGCCGGCCUCAACUUGCCCCUCUCCAAGGAGAUGCCCAACGAGAUAAAUGCGCUCAUCGAUAAGCUGCAGAAGCAAAGCAAAUCCUCCCAAAUGGCAUACGCGGCCAGCACCGGCGACGAUCACAUUGUGCUGCGCCAGCAACUGGGCAUGAACAGCGAAAUGGGCGUCUAUAUUGUCGCUCUCAUAGCGGGCGUCAGUGCGGCAGUAACUGUGGGCCUCCUGGCCCUAGGCGUUACCUGGUUCCACAAUCGCACCAAAGCCGCCGCAGAUGUUGAUUAUCCGGCUUAUGGCAUAACCGGGCCGAAUAAGGAUGUGUCGCCGUCGUGCGAUCGCAAGCUGGCGCAGAGCGCCCAAAUGUAUCACUAUCAGCACCAGAAGCAACAGAUUAUUGCCAUGGAGAAUUGCCAGGCGACCGACGGCAGCUGCGGCCUGUCCGAUGUGGAGAGCGACGAUGACAACGAGGAGGGCGACUAUACCGUCUAUGAGUGUCCCGGCCUGGCGCCCACUGGCGAAAUGGAGGUCAAGAAUCCGCUCUUCCUCGACGAGACGCCGGCCACGCCAGCCACAGGCGCCAACGCCGCAGCCGCCACCACCAAGUCCGCCAAUGCCACCGCCGCCGCCAGCACCACCGCCGCCGCCGGCUCCACCGCAGUCGCCACCAACGCCACCGCCACCAAUAACAACAUUACGCAGGCCACACCACAGCAGCCGGCCACGCAGAAGAAGGGCUCGGUCAAGCCGAAUAUGAAUCUGUUGAAUGCCGCGGCCACGGCCGCUGCCAAAGCCGCCGCUGCCGCCGAGGAGAAGCAGAAGCGCAAGAACAAGAAGUAAAUUGUUGGAGCUGAAACGUUUUUCUCUCUCUCUCUCUCUCGCUCACACACACACACACAAUCUCUGUUGGCAUGCCCAGGUGCUGAGGCAAUUGGUAAAGUAGAACUGAAUCCAUUUUGUCGGCCAGCAGAUGCACUCGACACACACACACACACACACACACAGAUACAGAAGCACACGCACACCAAUACAGACAGAGACAUGUAUAGACGAUGUAUUCCUAAUGAAAGUCCAUGGAAUUAAAUUCCGCGGCUGCUGCAGGCACUCGAGUGCAACAAACGAGUCAACUUGCUUGAUGGCACAAUUCUCUUAUCUUCCCCCUGUUAACUGUAAGUCCUAUCAUAUUAUGUAAUCGUAUCGUAUCAUAAUCGUAUUUGCUAUGAUCUAAGACCUGCAUACAAUGUAACCUCCCCCCUCCCAUGCAAUCAAUCCUCCACCUGCUGUGAGCAGGCGAGACGAGCUCUUAUGCGGGAUUUCCUGCUGUGCGCUGUCAAUCAAAAGCAGAAACACAAAAAUUGCGCAAACAUUUAUAACACAAGCCCCCCUUUUGAAUAGAAACAGCAAAGUUGCGCAAACAUUUAUCAUAUAAUCCCCCUCUCCCCCUCUGCCCCUUUGAAUAUGCUACUGAUUAUAUUUACAUACAAUCCAACAUGUGUACUUAUUUAUAUUGUAUUGUAAUUUAACAUUUUAUUGUAAUUAAUAUAUAAAACAAAACUAACAACAACAACAACUUUUUGGUGUCUGCAACAAGAAUCAAUUGAUGAAAACUAUUUUAAAGUCUGCAUAUUUGGCAUUGGAACAAAGAAAAACCAAAAAGAAAACAAAUUAAAGCAUAAUAUGGCAUAUUAUAAUUAUUAUGUAUUAUGAACGUACAUGCAUGCAUGUAUGUAUGUAUGUAACCUAUGCGUGUAAUUAUUGUAACAUACUUAUUAUACAAGCCUAAAAAGAAAAUUAAUAACUUAGAAAAAUCCCGAAAUUGAUUUUCAAAACAUUUUUAUUGUACUACGCUUUGUGAUCUUAAAUUAUCUGUGUCAAUUUAGAAAAACAAUUCUGGUAGCCCACAUAUACAUGCAUACACUCACACACACAGAUACACACAUACAGAUAAAUGAAUAUGUGUAUAUGAAUGUACUUAUCAUAUUGGAUCUGUGGAAAGGCGAUUUAGCGGAAUGAGAUGAAUUAUUUACAAGUAUAACUUAACAAUAAUUUCCAGCACAUUCAUGUAAAGUAAAUGAAAAACGACUGAUAACACACAAAAAUACACGCGUCUAUUGUACAAAAAAAAAAAAAGAA